CAUGUCUCAGAGCAAACCUGAGGAGCGUCUAGCUUUGGAGUUGAGCUGUGCGAUCUGUUUGCAGCUGUACCGUGAUCCCGUGGCCCUUCCUUGUGGACACAAUUACUGCCUGGGUUGUAUUCAAAAUGCUGCCAGCGCAGAAGAUCCCAAGUCUCCGAGACGCUGCCCUGAAUGCAGGGAGGAGUACGGCAAUCCGGAGACGCUUCCCAAGAACUUCAAGCUCAGCAGUAUCGUGGACGGGUUCCUGGUGGCCACGACAGGCGGCGGACUGAAAGGAGGCCCUACGACGCCAUGUGACCUGUGCCUGGACGACCCAAAUGCUGCGGUGAAAUUCUGUACACGCUGUGAAAUGUCCUUGUGCUCCAGCCACCUCAAAAAACACGAGGAACGGCACCGCUCGCUGCACGUCUUAGUGGAGCUGCCCGCAGAACGGGAUGGGAAGAGGUGCCCGGUGCACUUGAAGGUCACGGAGUACCUGUGCGCGCAGGAGCGCCUGUUCCUCUGCUCCGAGUGCCUGAUGGAGGGCACUCACCAGCACCACGAGGUGCAGACGUUCGAGGUGGCCAAGGAGGAAAUGAAGAGAGUUCUCGAGGAACUGGGGAAGUCUGUGUCUGACAAGCUACAGAUGACAGAAGCUCUGCUGAAAAGAGCCAGUGAAGGUCCUACAGACAAGGCCGAAGAUAAACUGGUGGCCAGAGCAAACAUACUGUUGGACAACAUGACUUCACUUAUAACUACAUACAAGAGUCGUAUGAGCACCGUGAUGGACGACAAGCUUCAUUCCCGGGACAAAAGCUGGCAGGCCAAUCUAUGCGACUUGGAGGGUUGUCUACACCAGCUGCAGGAAGCCCAAAAGUGCACCGGUGAGGUUCUCUCUCAGUCCUCCGAGGUUCUCUUCAUCCAGAACUACCUCAACGUCGAGGCAAGGAUCCGCCAGGCUGCUAACGUCACCAUCCCUGCUCUACCUUCACAAGAGUCUUCCAACGCCAAGCAGCUGCGCUCAAACCUACGUACAGACGCCUUCCACGCUGAGAUGAGUCUUCUGUUGGAGUACCUCCAUGGCUUGAUGAACCCUCUAGACCUGACCUUCAACCCAGCCACGGCCCACCCUAGCCUUCUGCUGUCCGGCGAUCUCAAAACAGUCAAGCAGUGCGCCGGAGUUAAGAGCAGCACCAAUGGAGAUCAGAGCGAACGCUUCUCCACGGCCACUCAGGUCAUGUGCAGCCAGAGUUUCUCCACAGGGGUUCACAUGUGGGCAGUGGAGGUAGGUCCUGGAUGUAUGUGGUCUCUGGGCCUGUGCUAUAAAAGCAUCCCGCGCAAAGGUGACCACAGCAGGCUGGGGCAUAACACCAGCUCUUGGAGGCUGCAGUGGAAAAACAAGAAGCUGACGGCGUGCUACGACUCAGCUAAUGUGGCCGUAGGUGAAGGGCUGGUCAUGCCGCCAAAGAAGGUCGAAGUGACCCUGGAUUACGAAGGAGGAACUAUUGCAUUCCACAGCUCAGGUCAAGGAGGGCGAAGACAGCACCUCCAUACAUUUAGUGCCGUGUUCAAGGACACGGUGUAUCCUGCAUUCGGGAUCCACUCUACUUCAGAGGAGUCAUGGAUAACUCUUUUGAGUGGAGCUUGAUUGAUAUGAACAUGCUUUCAUUUUCACUUAAUGCAACACUUUUCAUCAACGUUGUUUUUUGUCCUUUAUGCAUUUAUGACGUAUACAUCUGCACAAAGAAAGAAAUGCCUUGACACAGUCUAGGAAAGUCAAGCUU